GGAGCCGUUGACAGGAGAUGAGCUCGAGACUUGAUGCGCUCGCGCUAAAAGAGUGUGACAGGAAUCAGCUCAGCUAACGGCUAAUAACAACUCUGUCUGUUCAUGAGGAAACUUCAGCUACCUGUGUCUCACUCUGUGCUGUAGCUGAACGUUUCAGAGUGAAAAGGAGAAGAAUGGAGAAGAUCUGCACCGAGCGCUCGUACCCGUCUCAUCACCGGCUCUCGGUCCGGACCUCGGACGACGACCUGGACCGACUCGAUAACGGCGCCGGCAGUCUCAGGACGCACUCGAUAUGCGACGACGCCGUCUCUGACAUGAACACGGUAAUGUCCAGUCAGCUCCAGGAGUCUCGCAGGAGCUCGUUCACUGGUGCAGGGGCCAUGGCCAGGCUGUCCCACUUCCUGUUUAUGCUGAGGAACUGGGCGUCCCGCAGGCUGCAGCCCGAGGUCGAGCGGCCCGACUCCUUCAUGGAGCGAUUCCGGGGUCCCGAGCUCAAAGACCUCUCCAGCCGCGGCAGCAACGCCCGCUCCUCCCUAGGCCACCCUGAGCUGCCUCACAAGAGGAAUCGCUGGCCACUCGCACUUUACAAUACGAACAACUCCAACAACACAGACGACAGAAAACUCCUUAAUCUUAAACUGAACAAAUCCAAAAAUGUCACCUUCAGCAAAAAAGAGGAAACAAAGAAAGAUGAGAAAAAAGAUGGGGAGAAGAAGGAAGAGAAAAAAGAUGAAAAGAAAGACGAUAAGAAGGAUAAGAAAGAUGAUAAAAAGACAGAAGAGCCUCAGAAGAACUUGUGGAUCAUGGAUCCAGCCACGGACACAUACUAUCGAUGGCUGGUGAUAAUAGCAGUGCCGGUGUUUUACAACCUGAUGAUGCUCGUAACGAGAUCGUGUUUUAACGAGCUUCAGGACUCGUACACGACUGUGUGGGUGAUACUGGACCUCUCAUCAGAUGUGAUCUACUACCUGGACACAUUUGUGAGAUCAAGAACAGGUUUCCUAGAACAAGGACUUCUGGUGAGAGACACCAAGAAGCUGAUGGAGAACUACAGAAAAAUGGCACAGUUUAAAUACGAUGUUUUCUCUAUGCUCCCGACGGAUAUAUUCAUGAUCAAGGUGGGAUACAACAACCCCGAACUACGCUUCAACCGACUGUUCAAAAUGGCGCGUCUCUUUGAGUUCUUCGAUCGGACUGAGACCAGAACUAACUAUCCCAACAUCUUCCGUAUCAGCAAUCUUGUACUUUACAUCCUGAUCAUCAUCCACUGGAAUGCCUGCAUUUUUUUCGCCAUUUCCAAAACCAUCGGCUUCGGGACGGACACGUGGGUGUAUCCGAACAUCAGCCAUCCGGAAUUUGGGCGGCUGGCGAGGAAAUAUAUCUACUGCCUGUACUGGUCCACACUCACGCUCACCACCAUCGGAGAAACCCCACCUCCAGUCAGAGACAUCGAAUAUUUGUUUGUGGUCACCGACUUCCUCAUCGGAGUACUGAUCUUCGCUACUAUCGUCGGUAACGUGGGCGCGAUGAUCUCCAACAUGAACGCGUCGCGCGCCGAGUUCCAGGCCAAGAUCGACUCCAUCAAGCAGUACAUGCAGUUCCGAAAGGUCACCAAAGAUCUAGAAGCGAGAGUCAUCAAGUGGUUCGAUUACCUCUGGACGGAGAAGAAAACCUGUGAUGAGAAGGAGGUGCUGAAGAACCUUCCAGACAAGCUUAAAGCGGAGAUCGCCAUUAAUGUCCAUCUGGACACACUGAAGAAGGUGCGGAUCUUCCAGGAUUGCGAAGCCGGACUGCUUAUCGAACUGGUCCUAAAACUUCAGCCUCAAGUCUUCAGCCCUGGAGAUUACAUCUGCAAGAAGGGCGAUAUCGGACGAGAGAUGUACAUCAUCAAAGAAGGGAAGCUCGCCGUGGUGGCAGACGACGGCAUCACGCAGUUCGUUGUGCUCAGCGAUGGCGCGUACUUCGGAGAAAUCAGCAUCCUCGGGAUCAAAGGCAGCAAAGCCGGAAACAGGAGAACCGCCAACAUCCGCAGCGUGGGCUACUCCGACCUCUUCGCUCUCUCCAAAGACGACCUAAUGGAGGCACUGACCGAGUACCCCGAAGCCAAAAAGGCACUGGAGGAGAAGGGGAGGGCUAUCCUGAGGAAGGAUAACCUCCUGGACGAGGCGGCGGCCAACGCCGGGGCCGACCCCAAAGAUCUGGAGGAGAAGGUCUUACGAUUAGAGAGCAAUCUCGACGUAAUGACCACCAAGUUCGCCAGACUGCUAGCGGAAUACACGUCCUACCAGUGCAGGAUCAAGCAGAGGAUCACCAACAUGGAGAACAAAGUGAAGAAGCUGAGGGAGGAAGAUCUCUCUGAGGUGGUCGCCGAUAAAAAGGAGGAGGAGAAGAAAACCAAAUAG